AUGAGUAAAUAUGGAAGACAAGCUGUUCCGUUUCGUAUCAUUCUGCCUACUUCAUCACCAUCAUCCGUUGCGAUUUAUCCAAUUGAAGAUGAUGGUCAUAAGCUCUAUGGUGUUAGCUAUGGACUGACUGCAUUUAUUGGUCGAAGAAUAGAUAGCAGUCAGACAACAAAUUCAACCGUUACCAUCAUUUUGAGAAAGUAUUUCGCUGGUCCCAAAGCGAUUCAUCGUCCCAUCUAUCCAGUUGCUGGAUCUAUCAGGAAAACUAUCAAUUUCGCGUGUCAUUCCGGAGAAUUGUGUAUUGCAGCUUCUAUUGAAAAACCGCUAUAUUUUCAUGAUGAACCUCUUUGCAUAUCAAUUGUAUUGGAUAAUUUAUGCAAUUUGCCAGUUAGGAAACUACAGAUAGCAAUUGUUCAAACAGCUGAAAUGUACUUACUAACCAAAGGAACUUUACAUUCAACAGUAGAUGAACACUUCUGCAAGGAAAAGCUUCCUCAUGCUGGCCAACAAGAAUGGAAGUACACAACAACAUUAAGCACAAGUUUAACAGAUAAAAUAUUAAAACAUGGUGUUGCGCUUGAAGGUUACAUAAAACAAGCACGCAAUUGGUUGGCAUCGUCAACAAUACUAAGGUUAUCUGCAGAUUUAGAUGAAUGCUUAGAAAUCAUGCAAAACGUUAACAAAAAAACCGAAGACUCUUCAGAAAUGGCAAUCAAAGCUAAUAAGGAAUUACACGGGAUUGUAAUCUCAUACUGUGUUCGUGUUAGAUGUUGGAUCGGUAUUAGUCGAUGUUCUCUCAACAUUCCAUUUUUGUUAAUGCAACCAGAGAAAGAACCCAGUAAUGAUGAUAAUACAACCUGUAAAAAUUCUCAACCUACUCAAAUUGAUGUAGUCAAAAAUCAGCAACCCAAAAGUUCAACUAUAGAAGAUAAACAAAUUGAAAAACCAGAAGAAAACCAAACAACCGAUGAAAAUCUUAGCUAA